AAAUGAUGCCUUCGAUAAUUCUUACAAGACACAUAUUUCCGUUUUUAAGUGCUUUGGAAUUAUUUAAAAUUAGAUAAGUUUGCGGAUGGUUUAAAGAAUAGUAUAUAAAAAUAUAAAUAUAUUUAGAGUAAAGCAAGCAUGGCCAAUAGUAUUUAAGAGAGAAAUGUUUGAAUAAUUAUUAGCUAGAGAUUUAGCCAAAAAUAUAUACACAGUUUUAAAUUUACAAACUUUGAAAGGAACUCUAUUUUUUAAAGUUUAAAAUUUAAUUGAAGCUAUAAUCCAAGCAAUUUAGUGGGAGAAAGUAGAUGAAGCAUUAUAAUAAGAAUAAAUCGAUAUUAGUAUCUAUAGACCAUUGAUUGCCUUGUUGUCUUUAUUCAAUAAAUAAUAAACAAUUUAAUUUCCUUAUUAAAUAGAUGGAAUUUUUAAUAUAAGAGAAUUAGCAAAGGAAAUGAAAACCUAAGUAAUUCAAUAUAUUCAAACAACAUUUUUACCUUUGAGUUUUAAUCAAAUGAGAAAACUAAAUGAAAACUUAUUAUCUGCUCCAGAUUUUAGUAUUGAAUUCUUAAAUUCAAAGGAGGAUAAAUUGCCAUUGUAUCUUACAAUAUUAGUUUAAUAAUUAUACUAUCAUGGAUUGAUACAUUAAACAUUCAUAAUUGAUGGUUAUUAAUUAGAUAAAUGGAAAAUGUAUAAAUAUUUAUAACAUUCUUAGAGAAUAAGAUAUAUUGGGAAAAAGAUAGAGUUAUAACUAAAACUUUUUAGAAGGUGCAUACAAAAAGUUAUUACUUCGAACAUAUUAGGAUGAUAAUGAAGAUGAUUCAUCCUUCGAAAAUUUAAAUUCAGAUAUAAAUGAAGUAUAAAUAAAUUAAUAAUCAUCAGGCCUAAUAAUUUUUAAAAGCUUUGACCAAUUUAACUCCCACUGAAAAUCCUGAGCCAGAUAUUGUUAUUAGAAGAAAUAAAACAGUAACAAAAAUCUUUAUAGAUAUACAUACUAAAUUGGAUAUUCUAGUUUAAACUAUCGAAUAAUAUAGAAGUUAAACUCUAAGAAAAGAUGUUAUAAAUGAAUUAUAGUAAUAAUAAUCUGAUCAAAUACCCGAGGAAUCUGAUUAAUCAAAAGAUAAUAAAAAAGAUGUAUAAAUAUAAACGAACUCAGAAAUUCAAGAGUCAAACACUAAAUUCUAGGAAGAAUUUUAAUCCUAAUUCGAUUAAACACUAAACUAAUAAAACUAAGAUUAAGAAAAGAAUUUAUUAGGAGAAGAGAAUAUCAAUUAACAAAAAGAAUGAAGAAUUAAAUUAUUAUAUAAUUAUUAAAUAUAUU